AUAAAAAAAAUACACGAGAGGGCCGUGUGUUUUACACAUGAAUUUGCGCAUGUUGUCAAAGCAAAUCAAUUUCACGUGUAAAACAUAUGACAUCGCUCACCCGAAACUCAUCAUUUGUUUAUAAACAAACCACAAGCCGAAGCGGGAGAUUGUAUUUAUUAUAUUUAAAAACUGAAUUCCAUAAAACACCAUUACUAACUGCGGUCGAAGAGUUUGUUCACGAGCAGAUAACCAACAAGUUCAAAUUCCAUUUAAAAGAAUUGGUGUCGAUGAACGUGAUCGCUUCGGUGCUGAUGCCUACCAGAGGGAAACCGUCACGAAGUACGUACAUCGUAAAGGGUAGUCGGAAGAAGCUGGUAUUGAGGAUUCAUCUUCGGCGUAUCAGUAAAUAUCAUGUCAUCCUCUUUAUUGAUACCCCGCAGAAGCAGGAAGGGAACAUGCAAUACAUAAAAAAAGUACCAAGUUAGUAUUCUUCGAAUCAACUAAACGUGAAUGAGGAGUCACAGCGGGUCAGCCGGUUAGUCCAGAAAAAGAAUAUUAAUUUAGAAAUAAUAAAACUUUAGAACUGUAGAGAAAUAUUUAUACUUAUAUAUUAAAUUCAUUAAGUUUUCUUUUGUGUUAGUAUUAAUUUCAAACCCAAAGGAAAUCGCAUUCCGGAUGUAUCAAUUGAAAUAAAUUAUUAAUUGGAA